CGCACCGCUGCGCGAGCCGCACUCUCUGUACUCUUUUCUGUUUGUUUCUCCACUCCUCGUCAUCAUGGCGCUCGAUGCCGCGACGAUGCGUCUCAUCCUCGGUGAGAAGCUCGACCCAAUGAACAAACGUAUGGAUGAGCUGUCCAACAAGUUGAACACCAACAUCGCGAGCAUCAAGAACAUGGACGAGCGGCUGACGGCGAAGUUGAAGGAGCACACCGACUCCUUAGACGCAUGCCGCACCGACAUCACCACCCACUCGGAUCGGAUGGACGAGUUCGAGCUCCGCCUUUCCGCUCUCAGCCAGGGCGCGCAGGACGGCAUGGAGGACGCAGCUGGCAUCGCGGGGACCUACACUGCCGCCAGCCGCAUCAACUCGCUUGAGGCCUCGUUCGCGGCGCUCGAGAAGUCGGUGAAGGACCAGGUGACGACUCUACAGUCCAGUACGGUCGGAACCUCGCGCGCGAGCUCCAGUGCCGGCGGCUCGCACGGCGCCUCAGGCGAUGACCCGUGGCAGCGUUACAUCCGCCAGCGCACUGGGCAAGCGCCGCCGCCUGGCAGCACGACGAACGAGGUGAACAAGUGCAAGGUCUGGAUCCGCGGUUUCCCCAGGAAGCUGAUGGCAUCCGCCUUCUCCAACCAUUUUAGCGUGGUGAAGACGUUGAUGGACCAGGAGGCCCGCGACCACUGCCGCGCGCAGACCCAGAACUACAAGAUGAGCUACAACAUCACAUUUGACACCGAGGAGUUGGCACGCAACUUUCACAUGAAAUGCAGGGCUGAGCGCAUCCUGAAGUGGACGGAUCCGCGCGACGCACAAGUACACGAACUGCGAGCAGGACUGGACCAGCCCCUUGAUAUCCGCCACAAGAGCUAUGUCUUAGGACAGUGCUGGACGCUG